CGCUCAGCUUCUCAUUGGACGUCAUUACUCCGUAGCACCUCCUCUAAAGACUUCGUCAGGCUUUAUCCGGCUCCGGUUUGUCGGCUACAACUUCAUAACAUUUUCAAUAGUCAACUGACUUAGUUAGAAGUUGGAUACCUUGAAGUUUAUUGCUCGGUGGAAACGUUGUUUAUUCUGGAUAAAACAAGGCGUUUUGAUUAGGACAGCUGUCAUUUUGAAGUUCGUUUCAGUUGACACACAGAUGUAAGUGAAUGACAGUCUGUUUCUCAUUUGAGCGUGAGUGUACGACUGACCGACUAACUAUUCAGAACCCGCUGAGAUGGCAGUCGGAUCCUAGUCUAACUAAGCCUGUGAGCAGCUGGAGACAGAGCGAGGGAGUGACGGACAGAUCGAGUCUCCAAAACAGAAGAUGGGUGAAAAGGAUGAUGAGAGGAGCUCCCAGGCAGGGCAGCUCUUUGAGAACUUUGUCCAGGCGUCCACAUGUAAGGGCACUCUGCAGGCCUUUAGUAUCCUAUGCAGGCAGAUGGAUCUGGACCCGCUGGACUACAGGAACUUCUACAGCAACCUCAAAGCCACGGUCACCAAUUGGAAGGCCAAGGCCCUCUGGACCAAACUGGACAAGAGAGCCGGCCACAAGGAGUACAAGAAAGCCAAAGCCUGUGAGGGCACCAGGUCUUUGAUCAUUGGAGGAGGGCCCUGUGGCCUGCGCACAGCAAUAGAGCUGGCUCUGCUGGGGGCCAAGGUGGUGGUGAUUGAGAAGAGGGACACCUUCUCCAGAAACAACGUGCUCCACCUGUGGCCCUACACCAUCCAUGACCUCAGGGGCCUCGGGGCCAAGAAGUUCUAUGGCAAAUUUUGUGCCGGAGCCAUAGACCACAUCAGUAUUCGCCAGCUCCAGCUCAUGCUGCUGAAGGUCUCCCUCAUCGUGGGUGUGGAGGUCCAUGUCAACGUGGAGUUUGUUAACCUGCUGGAACCACCGGACAACCAGGAGAAUGAAGGGCCUGGAUGGAGAGCUGAGAUUAGACCAUCAAACCACCCCCUCACUGACUAUGAAUUUGACGUGGUGAUCGGUGCGGAUGGACGCAGAAACACGCUAGAUGGUUUCAAGAGGAAGGAGUUCCGGGGUAAGCUGGCCAUCGCCAUCACAGCCAACUUUGUCAACAGGAACACCACGGCCGAGGCCAAGGUGGAGGAGAUCAGCGGAGUGGCCUUCAUCUUCAACCAGAAGUUCUUCCUGGAGCUCAAAGAGGAGACAGGGAUUGAUCUGGAGAACAUUGUGUACUACAGAGACAACACACACUACUUUGUGAUGACUGCAAAGAAGAAGAGUCUGCUGGACAAGGGGGUCAUCAUUCAUGAUUACAUUGAAACAGAGAAGCUGCUGGGCCAAGACAACGUGAACCAGGAGGCUCUUCUCUCCUACGCCCGUGAGGCGGCCGACUUUGGCACCAACUACCAGCUGCCCUCUCUGGACUACGCCAUCAACCACUGCAACCAGCCCGAUGUGGCCAUGUUCGACUUCACCUGCAUAUACGCCUCAGAGAAUGCGGCGCUGUUCAGGGAGAAGUGCGGACACCAGCUACUGGUGGCUCUGGUGGGGGACAGUCUACUGGAGCCCUUCUGGCCCACGGGGACAGGCUGUGCUAGAGGGUUCCUGGCUGCCUUUGACACGGUGUGGAUGGUGAGGGGCUGGGCGCAGGGCAAGACCCAUCUGGAGAUCCUGGCAGAAAGGGAGGGCCUCUACAGGCUAUUACCCCAAACAACGACAGAGAACAUCUCAAAGAACUUUGAUCAGUACACCAUAGACCCGGUAACACGGUACCCCAACCUCAACUCCAGCUGUGUCAAGCCACAUCAGGUGCGUCACCUGUUCAUAGACGGGCAGCAGGACUCCUGUACUCUGGAGCGGGGUGGACCCACACGUAGUUCUGUCAAUCUCUCCAGACGAGAGUCGGACAUCCGGCCCAGCCGCCUCCUCACCUGGUGUCAGAAGCAGACACAGGGGUACAGGGGUGUGGAUGUCACCAACCUCACCUCUUCCUGGAAGAGUGGCCUGGCACUCUGUGCUCUUAUACACCGCCUCCGGCCAGACCUCAUUGAAUUUGACUCCCUGAAUGAGAAGGACUCGGCCAAGAACAACCAGCUGGCCUUUGACAUAGCAGAGCAUGAGUUUGGUAUCCAGCCUGUGACCACGGGGAAGGAGAUGGCUCUGGACCAGGACCCGGACAAGCUGAUGAUGGUGCUGUACAUAUCCAAGCUUUACGAGAUGUUCCGCAACUCGCCUGCAUCCAUCACUGGUACAAGGGAAACGGAUGAGAACAACAAAGCGUAUUCAUCGGAGUCUGCAUACUCGGUUUACAACUUAAUGAACCGAACACAGCCCAAAAAAAGGAUCCCAAAGGAUAACGGUAAGCUGGAGGAGAACGACCCGAUGAACAAGAGACGAAGAAAGGGCAGCACCUAUUUAGAGGAGUUGUCCUGUCAGAGUGCCCCCCCUGCAGGUGACGGCGGGGAGCAGAAUAAAGUGCGCUCAAUGGCCACACAGCUACUGGCCAAGUUUGAGGAGAAUGCAUCGCCCAGCAGUUCCCUGCGCAAUAAGUCUGAUUUGAACUCAGACUCUGAUUCAAGCCGUCCUUCAUCUCCUUCUCUGGAUAUGAUGGCGAACCGUCGCUUCGCUAAGCCCAAGGAACAGCCCCCUCCCUCGCCUCCACCCCCACGCCCCAAGUGGCAGCCGUCUAUCUAUAUGCGACUCUUAGAAGAGCCUGCAGCCGUGGCGCAACCGACUCCCCUUCACGUUCCAACAAGGUCCUGGAGUCCUCCUCAUGAUGAUCAAACACAGGCCUCUCCGCGCGCAGACUUGGUGCAGCAGAGAGUGUGGAUUCCACACACCGAAACCCCAGAUGACGUAGAUUACCCAGAACAACCUUCUCCUGACCCCACAGGGAUGGGCCAGCGCCUAGAGAAGCUGGAGCAAAAGAUGAGCCAGAAAAAAUUGCAAACCGUAACUACCAGGGAAUUUAACAGGAAGAGUAUAAAGGAGAGGGCUGUGCUUCUGCGUUCUAUGUUUCCUGAGUCCGAGACUCCUCUAGUGAAAGAGUAUAAGACGGAUCGAUCUGCCUUUGUUCCUAAAAUCACUUCAAUACACCCUGUCCCUGAACCGUCUGCCCUGUCUUGCUUCUCUUCUCUUACCCCAACAUCUCCUGUGCAUCAUUAUAAGUGCACUGGGAGUGCUGCACCAAGCGUAAUGAUUAAAAAAACAAUUGAUCAAUCUGAAAGCUGUCCUGCUGAGCCCUCUAAGCCUGCCAAACAGAGGACAGUUGGGAAGGUCUCUUCUCACAUAGGUGCUAGGGCUGAAACUCUAGCCGUCCUUUAUGAAACUGACCACAGGCCUAAUGCCUUGCCGUGUAUCGUGCGGAAGGAGGUCCCUCAGAACCUGGGAGGCAGUGACACGUGUCACUUCUGCUCCAAGCGUGUGUACGUGAUGGAGCGACUCAGCGCUGAGGGCCACUUCUUCCACAGGGAGUGUUUCCGCUGUGACGUCUGCAGCUCCACACUACGCCUGGGAGGACACGCCUACGACUCCCAACACGGCAAGUUUUACUGCAAGCCUCAUUAUUCUCAGCGUCGGUCCAGCCUACAAACUUCAAGCAAGUUCUUGAGGAGAACGACGCAGGAGGACCAGGGACGUCUGACGUCUUCGCCAGACCGGAGUGACCCCUACUCGGCCACGGACAGCCUGCAGAGCCAGCCCUCAGGGUACACAGGCCUGUUGAAUGGACUGUACACCCGCAUGGUGCCUGAGGUGUCAGAGGAGGAGGCCGUGGACCUGGACAUGCCUGACUCCAACAGGACUGCCGACUCGAAGAAACAGGACAACUCGAAUACUUCUCUCCAACCACAAGAUUCUGCACAAGAGAAGAAAGAACCUUCCGGUUCCAAUUCAUCUCUCCUGUCUGGGAACAGCCGAUGGAAGAGGAAGAUCCGUGGUACUCUCCCUCUCAUCCUGGUGAGGCACUUCUCACAUGAAAACGCUACAGAAAAAGAGGAGCCCAUCAUUGAAGAGGCCAACUUUGAUUUCAACGUGAUUGAACCACCACAGGUCUCCCAUGAUGGUCCUAAACUACCUCCAGAUUCUCCGAAUCAGAAUCCAUCGAUGGGUAAAGAAGCGCCUCCUGUCACCAAAGUGCCACAGCUGGAGGAAGCAGUCGGCCCAAAGAAGAGGCUGACCCUGUCCCUGUCUGAGAAACAGAAGCUCCUAGACUGGAACCUGGUUACUCCAGAAGAGGCCCGAAGCCCUGGAGGAGGAGACCCAUCCAAACACUCCAAACCUGGGGACCAGAUCCUCCAGAAGGACCCAUUGCCUCAGGUAGACCCAGAGGCAGAGCCAGUCCCAGCUCAGCCCCAGCCAACAACGUCCAUGUUCCAGAUUUGGGCAAAUGUCUUCAGAAAGUCUUUUGGAGUACCAGGGACAACCACAGACUCCAACACAGUUGUCACCAGGAGGAACAACAACGGGCCCACCAAGCCCAGGCCUCUGUCUGACGGCGCCUUCAGCUUUUACUCCCUGUUUGGGGCUACUGCCCAAAGCCAGGAGGCCGAGCCAGUGGGAGUGGGUCAGAAGAGCCAGCCGACCCCACACCCAUGCAAGGCCUCCAUGGGUGAUAGACCCGCAGACCUGCCCACGCUACUGGACCAGGUGUCUCUAGGCAGCAACAAGUCCGUGGGAUCCUUCACCACAGACGACAUGGCCUCACUGCCGCCCAGGAAGCUCAACUUCUUCUCCUACCUUAGGCUGAAGAAGAGAGAGGGGCCGGAGAGCGUGGGAGCGGGGGUUCUGGAGAAGGACAUCACGACCAUCCUGUCCAACAUCAGGAACAAAGCCUCCAGCGAACAGCAGAAGGAUGAGUCCAACUCCUCAAGUGACGAUGAGCUUGUCCCAGCCAAACCUUUGUCCCAGCCGAAGAUCCAUGGGAGCUCAGAGAGACAGAGGAGGAGGCAGGAGAAGACUGCGAUUCAACAGGCCAAGAGAGAGCAGCUGAAGAGACUCCACAGAGCCCAGGUCAUACAGAGGCAGCUGGAGGAAGUGGGGGAGAAGCAGAAGGACCUGGAGGAGAGAGGGGUGACCAUUGAGAAGGUCCUUCGAGGCGAAUCCCCAGACAAAGGUGAUGGUCUCUCUGAUGAGCACGAGCUCCUUCAAAUGUGGUUCAAGCUGGUCCUGGAGAAGAACAGACUGGCACGCUACGAGGAGGAGCUGGUCAUAUUUGCUCAGGAACUCGAGCUGGAGGACAGACAAAGUCAACUACAGAUGGAUCUACGAUGCAGGAUGUCCAUAGACGAUUCCAGGAAGAGCUCCGGUGAGCUGGCUGAGGAACAGGAGAUGCUGACAGAGAUCAUGAAGGUGGUAGAGAGGAGAGACACUCUGGUCAGCCUGCUGGAGGAGCAGCGGCUGCAGGAGAGGGCUGAGGACAGAGACCCGGAGAGCCUGGUACUGUCUAGAGGCUACCAGUUCCACUGGACCUGAAGAGAAUCAGCCCUCUGGGGUGGGGAAAAGGCUACAGCACCAUGCAGCUCCACAGGCAGAAGAGACAAGUGACUUCACUACUAGUGACUAUCCUACUGGAUUUGGCCGCACGUGGCAUGAUGAACCUUUUGAAUAUGUAUAUCAAUUUGACUUGUCAAUUCCUACUUGAGGACCACUUCUUAUGGACCUGAGGGUUGUAUGUCAAGUGUCUGUAUAGGCUAGUCUCUCGAGACAGCCUUCAGAGAUUACUGUAUGCCUUACCAAGAAAAGCUCUGAAUGUAUGCAGCCUUAUAAAUAGAAUAAUAUAAAACACUUUGGCAGUUGCACUGGAAAGCACUUAUAAACACUACAGAAACCCAAAGAUUCAGCCUAUCAAAUGUGUUUUCCCUCUCAAAGAAAGAUAUUGCUUAUGUACAGUACCAGUCAAAAGUUUGGACACCUACUCAUUCCAGGGUUUUUCUUUAUUUUUACUAUUUUCUACA